AAGAAGAUCUCAUGCUCAAGCGACAGAAUUCGGUCUUUCUUCGUUAUCAAAAUAAAAAGUUUUCUUUACGAACUGUUGCUCAAACGUGCCCACCACCAAACGCUUUAAUCAACGGGGAGAUUACUAGGGGGGAAUCCCCUGUGUCUGAUGCAGGUGUUUCCACGAACAAUACUCAGUCUUCAGGUCAAGGUCACGGACUGAACUCCGCCGAAGAACCAUUUGGGGACGAUGGCAGGCCGCUCACAGACGUUUCGUUUCUAAGGAACAAGCCUAAACUUCUUGCCAAUAUACCGAAUCAAAACGGACAUCAGUUGAACGGUGAAUAUGUAAUAAAACCGAAUUUAGUGAAUGGCCAUACUUUGAAAUCGGUUGAAGAAACGAAAGCCACGGUGAUGACGCAGGUGCUUACGAGCAUCCAGCUCGGCGUGAGGGGAAUGCUGUCGUUCGCCAUGGAUGUUCCCGGUUUCCAAGAGUUGGACAGCGAGGACCAGGCGUCGCUUCUCAAAGCGUCCAGGUUCGACAUUUGGUAUGUGGGCCACAUCCGGUGCUUCAAUUGCACCCUCAUGGUAGGCGCCUGUGAGUGGGAGUUCCACGCGGAAGAGCUGGCCCAGGUCUGGGGCGCUGACCUGGUGGAGAUGAUAUUCCGGAUGUCGCGGCAAGGGAACCUACUGGACUUCAGCACGGAGGAGAUAGCCGUGCUACGUGCCGUCUGUCUCACCUUUACAGAUCGCUGCCCCACACUCAAGGAGAGGCAACGCGUGGAGCAGAUACACAGCUUCCUAUGGGACGUACUUAAGUACGUCGUCUCCCGUAGGCUCAAGGACUUCAACCACUGGCUAAGCAAGACCGUUAACUUCCUGUGUCUACUGAGGGAGUUUGGUAUCAAGUUCGAAUCUGCAUCUAGUCAGCUGACAUUAGACUGGGAAGUGCUCUCAAAUAAUCCGCUCCUUCUAUCGGCGUUCUUGAGUUAACAGAAGGAUAGCUGUAGGGGUAUCUACCUCGACGCGCAAUAACACUAUUGCGUAAUUCUUUGUUUGACAUAUGAGUUUUCUGUGAAAUGUCUGAUCACCAUCCAUAAAACAAGCUAAACAUGUUGGUCAUUUAUUAAAUAAAAUUAAUUCUCAGCAUUUUUACGAUAUGAAUAUAGCUUGUAGUGAGUUUCGGUUUUGCGUCAUUUUGUAAACGAGGUAAAUAACGAAAUUGUCAUGUAAGAUUUCAAAACAAAUGUACAUAUAAAACGCAAGCAUCGGAUGAUAACAUUACUAUAAAGUUACUGUAUAAUUAAAUAGACAUUAAUACUCAUCAGACAGUUUACGGAACAUAGCUCUUUGUAAAUCACUGACGACAAAAACAUGCGUGCGA